AUGUCGUUGUCCCCUUUAGAUAAAUCAAAACGUUCAGCUGCUUAUAGAGCUGUUGAUGUAUGUAUCACAUCAGAAGUAAAACUUAUCGGAAUAGGUUCAGGUUCAACAGUGCUUUAUGUUAUUGAACGUAUAUUACAACGUUCUAAAGAACUAAAUAAUCAGUGUGUCUUCAUCCCAACUAGCUUUCAAAGUAGACAAUUAAUUAUUGAAAAUGGUUUGAAUUUAGGUGAUAUUGAUCAAUAUCCAGAAAUUGAUGUAGCUAUUGAUGGCGCUGAUGAAGUAGAUGAACAUUUAAAUGCUAUAAAAGGUGGAGGUGCAUGUCAACUACGUGAGAAGGUAGUAGCGGAAGCAGCAAAAAAUUUUGUAUUGGUUGCUGAUUACACCAAAAAAUCCAAAUUUCUUGGUGAAAAGUGGAAGCAAGGAGUACCAAUUGAAGUAGUUUCAUUCACUUAUGUUAGAGUUAUGAAGGAACUUGAAGCUUUAGGAUGUGAACAUAUAAAAUUACGUAUGGCUAAAUGUAAAGCUGGUCCGAUCAUAAGUGAUAAUGGAAAUUUUAUAGUUGAUGCCUAUUUUGGGUUGAUAAAUGAACCAGGUGAAUUAUCAAAAAAAAUCAAAUUAAUAACAGGUGUAGUGGAAGUUGGAUUGUUUGUUAAUAUGGCAAAAGUUGCUUAUUUUGGUAAUGAAAAUGGAAGUUACAACAAUGUUGUAAAUGCAAAUUGA